AGCUAGCUGCCACAGUGGAAGACACCCUUUGGUUUGAUUUUCAAAAGCUAAAGGGGGAGAGGACAUCACUUAAAUUUUAAAAAAGUAUCGGUCGUGGAUCUCCAGGCCGCAGCUCGCGCACUGGUUCUUGGCCGCCGGAGGGGAGCAGAGACAGGCGGCCUCCGACGGACUGCACUCCCCGGACUCCUUCUUCACCUCCGACUUAGACUGGGUCAAAGAAGACGGGUUAACACCAAAGUGAAAAGUGUCUUUGGCAGCAUCAUCAAGCACCUCCUGAAAAAGACUGAGUCCCCUGAGCUGGAUGACCGCAGGCUGCUAAGUACGCUACAAUGGUGGAGACUUUCUGUUGCCACAUAUGGAGGAUAACAAGGUUGAUGAGGCAGAUGAAGAAGAGUACUGCCCCACCGAGCUACAUCAAUACCAGUUUGGCAUCUUCUCCAUGUGGAUGUUCAUCCACCUGUUGCUGCUGCAGACCUCAUCGUGUGCUGGAGACUCAGGAGUUGUGAAUCCCUGCUGUUACUACCCGUGUCAGAACUCAGGAGUGUGUGUGAGGUUUGGCACAGACGGCUAUCAAUGUGACUGCACUCGCACUGGCUUCAAUGGAGAAAACUGCACUGAUCCUGAGUUCUGGACCAGACUUCGUCUCUUGCUGAAGCCCAGUCCUCCAGUCGUUCACUCCUUCCUCACGAACUUCCAUUGGUUCUGGAACAUCGUCAACAACUCUUUCCUGAGAGACAUCAUCAUGAGAUUAGUACUGACAGUCAGGAGCGACCUUAUUCCAAGCCCUCCAACCUACAACACCAAAUAUGGCUACCUCAGCUGGGAGUCCUAUUACAACAUCUCCUACUACACCCGGCUCCUCCCUCCUGUACCUAAAGACUGCCCUCUACCUAUGGGAACCAAAGGUAAAUCUGUUCUUCCUGAUCCCAAACUUUUGGCUGAGAGGUUUUUCAGGAGAAAGACAUUCAGGCCAGACCCUCAGGGAACCAACCUGAUGUUUGCCUUCAUGGCCCAACACUUCACCCACCAGUUCUUCAGGACAAACCAUGACGUACCAGGUGGCUUUACUAAAGCUUUGGGACAUGGGGUGGAUGCAAGUAAUAUCUACGGUGAUAACCUCAUGCGUCAGCUUCAACUCCGCCUUCAGAAAGAUGGGAAGCUUAAAUAUCAGCUAGUGAAAGGUGAGACGUACCCUCCUACCGUCUCUGAGGUCCCUGUGCACAUGGUGUACCCUAAAGAUUUCCCUCCAGAGCAGCGUCUGGCCAUUGGUCAGGAGGUGUUUGGCAUCUUGCCGGGCCUCACCAUGUAUGCUACCAUAUGGCUGAGGGAGCAUAACAGAGUCUGUGACAUCAUGAAGGCUGAGCAUCCCACCUGGGACGAUGAGCAACUCUUCCAGACCUCCAGACUCAUCAUCAUUGGAGAAAUAAUCAACAUCAUAAUCGAAGAGUACGUGCAGCAGCUGAGUGGUUACUUGCUGAAAAUGAAGUUUGAUCCCACGCUGCUUUUCAACGCACGUUUCCAGUACAGCAACCGCAUCGCUCUGGAGUUCUGCCAGCUCUACCACUGGCACCCUCUGAUGCCUGACAGCUUCAUGGUCGACGGAGAUGAAAUCCCAUACUCCCAGUUUCUGUACAACACCUCCCUUCUCAUGCACUACGGGGUGGAGAAACUGGUGGAUGCUUUCUCUCGACAGCCUGCAGGACAGAUUGGUGGAGGUCUAAACUCUCAUGAAGCUGUGCUCAAAGUGGCAGAAAUGGUCGUCAGAGAGUCUCGAGCAGCACGUGUGCGGCCUUUCAAUGAAUACAGGAAGAAGUUUAACCUAAAGCCAUACACCUCUUUUUAUGAUCUAACUGGCAACACAGAAAUGGCCAGAGAUUUAGAGGAACUAUACGGUGACAUAGAUGCUCUGGAGCUCUACAUCGGCGUCCUGCUGGAGAAAACUCGUGCUGAUGGCAUUUUUGGUGAGAGUAUGGUUGAGAUGGGUGCUCCUUUCUCUUUGAAAGGCCUAAUGGGAAACCCAAUCUGCUCCCCUGAGUACUGGAAGCCCAGCACAUUUGGGGGAGAGACAGGCUUCAACAUCGUGAAAAAGGCUACUUUGAAGAAACUGGUGUGCCUCAACACCAAGUGGUGUCCUUACGUGGACUUCCAUGUUCCAAGAAAUGAGGAGGAGGCGAAACCAAAGACACCGUCUACUGAACUUUAAUGAUUACCUGAUGAGCAGUUGAUAACAAUACUUCUUUUAGUCAAGUUUUUUAACCCAGCCUGUGGGUCUACCUCCUGAAACAGCUGACAAACCACAUAGUUUAUAGAAAACUCCAAUAAAGAACUUGUGUGUCUGCUU